GAGUGAGUGUGGUCGCUCCUGGUUCUGCCAGCUCCCCUGAGAGCCUGAACCCGGGCUUGAGAGCCUCGCCACCCCGGGUGACAUCCCUGCCGUGGGCUUGGGGGCUCUGGGUGUGAUCCCGCCGGUCCGGGUCCCGCACCGACCACCUACCCAGCGCAGUCAGGGGCGGGGCUGGGACCCAGAGCGGGACCCCGGCUGCCGAGUCCAGGUGUCCCGCGGGCCUCGAUUCAGGGAGCAGAAAACGCCAGGUCUUCAAGGAUGUCUGCCACCACCAUGUCUGACCCAUUUGGCAGCAGCCUCGUGUGUGGUGGUCUGGUGUGGACAGUGGAAGCGUGAUUCUGCUGAGUGUCAGUGUGACCACUCGUGCUCAGCCGUAUCUCAGCAGGAGGACAGGUGCCGGAGCAGCUCGUGCAGCUAAGCAGCCAACUGCAGAAACGUCAGGCCUGUUGCAGUCUCCAAGGCACCAUGAAUGCCAUCGUGGCUCUCUGCCACUUCUGCGAGCUCCACGGCCCCCGCACUCUCUUCUGCACGGAGGUGCUGCACGCCCCACUUCCUCAAGGGGAUGGGAAUGAGGACAGUCCUGGCCAGGGUGAGCAGGCGGAAGAAGAGGAAGGUGGCAUUCAGAUGAGCAGUCGGAUGCGUGCGCACAGCCCCGCAGAGGGGGCCAGCGUCGAGUCCAGCAGCCCGGGGCCCAAAAAGUCGGACAUGUGCGAGAGUUUUGCUCUUAUUGCCCAGGCUGGAGUGCCAUGGUGUGAUCAUGGCUCACUGCAACCUCCGCCUCCCGAGUUCAAGCAAUUCUCCUGCCUCAGCCUCCUGAAUAACGAAUUACACGUGCCUGCCACCACGCCUGGCUAAUUUUGUAUUUUUAGUAGAGAUGAGGUUUCACCAUGUUGGGCAGGCUGGUCUUGAACUCGUGACCUCAGGUGAUCCACCUGCCUCGGCCUCCCAAAGUGCUGAGAUUACAGACGUGAGCCACCACACCCAGCCUAUGUUAACUUUAACCCACUCUGCCUCCCUGCCGUGGCCUUCAUGUUUGUAUUCACACACUCCAGCCUGUCCUGGAGGCGGGUCCCCAAAGUCCCGUGCUCCCAGUGGAGUUUCCUGCUCCCAGGACCCCCAGUGUUCUCGGUGGGUCACUCCGUCAGCUCUCGAACUCUCGGGAAUUAGUGGCUGCCGGUCACUUGCUGCAGGGCACCCGGGAUAUAUCAGCCAUGAUAAAGAGACCUCCAUUAAAUACGUCAGCCACCAGCACCCCAGCCACCCCCAGCUCUUCAGCAUUGUCCGCCAGGCCUGUGUCCGGAGCCUGAGCUGUGAGUGCAGGGAGAGUGCAGUGGCUGCUCUGACCUGCUGGUUCUUCUGCAUGCUCCAGGUCUGCCCUGGCCGUGAAGGCCCCAUCUUCUUCGGAGAUGAGCAGCACGGCUUUGUGUUCAGCCACACCUUCUUCAUCAAGGACAGCCUGGCCAGGGGCUUCCAGCGCUGGUACAGCAUCAUCACCAUCAUGAUGGACCGGAUCUACCUCAUCAACUCCUGGCCCUUCCUGCUGGGGAAGGUCCGGGGAAUCAUCGAUGAGCUCCAGGGCAAGGCGCUCAAGGUGUUUGAGGCAGAGCAGUUUGGAUGCCCACAGCGUGCUCAGAGGAUGAACACAGCCUUCACGCCAUUCCUACACCAGAGGAACGGCAACGCCGCCCGCUCGCUGACAUCGCUGACAAGUGAUGACAACCUGUGGGCGUGCCUGCACACCUCCUUUGCCUGGCUCCUGAAGGCGUGUGGCAGCCGGCUGACCGAGAAGCUCCUGGAAGGUGCUCCGACCGAGGAUACCUUGGUCCAGAUGGAGAAGCUCGCUGAUUUAGAAGAGGAAUCAGAAAGCUGGGACAACUCUGAGGCUGAAGAGGAGGAGAAAGCCCCUGUGUUGCCAGAGGGUACAGAAGGGCGGGAGCUGACCCAGGGCCCGGCAGAGUCCUCCUCUCUCUCAGGCUGUGGGAGCUGGCAGCCCCGGAAGCUGCCAGUCUUCAAGUCCCUCCGGCACAUGAGGCAGGUCCUGGGUGCCCCUUCUUUCCGCAUGCUGGCCUGGCACGUUCUCAUGGGGAACCAGGUGAUCUGGAAAAGCGGAGACGUGGACCUCGUCCAGUCAGCUUUUGAAGUGCUUCGGACCAUGCUUCCCGUGGGCUGCGUCCGCAUCAUCCCAUACAGCAGCCAGUACGAGGAGGCCUAUCGGUGCAACUUCCUGGGGCUCAGCCCGCACGUGCAGAUCCCCCCCCACGUGCUCUCCUCAGAGUUUGCUGUCAUCGUGGAGGUCCACACAGCCGCACGUUCCACCCUCCACCCUGUGGGGUGUGAGGAUGACCAGUCUCUCAGCAAGUACGAGUUUGUGGUGACCAGUGGGAGCCCUGUAGCUGCAGACCGAGUGGGCCCCACCAUCCUGAAUAAGAUUGAAGCGGCUCUGACCAACCAGAACCUGUCUGUGGAUGUGGUGGACCAGUGCCUCGUCUGCCUCAAGGAGGAGUGGAUGAACAAAGUGAAGGUGCUUUUUAAGUUCACCAAGGUGGACAGUCGACCCAAAGAGGACACACAGAAGCUGCUGAGCAUCCUGGGUGCGUCCGAGGAGGACAAUGUCAAGCUGCUGAAGUUCUGGAUGACUGGCCUGAGCAAGACCUACAAGUCACACCUCAUGUCCACGGUCCGCAGCCCCACAGCCUCGGAGUCUCGGAACUGACCCGUCACACACACCUGCCUAAAGACAGGGAUGGCUGUCCACAGGCUCCUCCAGCCCCGUGAGAGGGACUGUCCCUUGAGUUUCUCAACUGCUGGAAGGAGCUGUGUCCCAGCAAGGAAGGGAAACCGUCGGGGCUGGGCUCGGCCCUGUCAGGUUUGGGGCCUGUGUGCUUCCCAGACUCUCCCUCCAGCCGUUGGAAUCGCUGAAGAUGGCAAUGAAAGGCGGAGGGAUGAUGGGCUCUCUCUGUGUUCAAACCCCUUGGAGAGACGACUAGGAGGACAGCUUGCCUCUCAGGCCCCUUGUGGACUUAGACUCAAAACCCGCAGGAGAAACAGGUCCGACUCAGUAUGCAGUCGCAAUAACAUGUCUGCUCCCGAGGUUAACAUUCAAGCGUUUCUACUUUGAAAUUCAGCAAGAGUUUCUGGGCCUUAUGUUUGAGGGUACCUUUUGCUGCAGUUGUGAAUAUUCAGUACAUUGCCAGCUCUUGGUCACUGAGUGAUUGAGUUAGGGCUCCGCAAGAGACUUUGGGGAGUGAAGUGGAUCUCUUCCUCAUCUUCUGGUCCUCUGAAAUGUGUGUUCUGAAGCCAUGGGGCUCGUCUUCUGGGGUGUUCCCCUGCAGGUGCCGGUGAAGGUAACCUGGGGCUUAACGAUGGAGUCCCUGAUCAUUUUUGCACAAGACAGGUUGCUGAGGGGUCGGCAAGCAUCUGACUUGCCCAAUCCCCUGGAUAUGGUGAGCCCCGCCAUGCUUUUAUUCUGUAUCGCUUUUGUCUUUAUUGCUGCUUUCAACAUUUACGUUUGGUUACAGUUAA